AUGAGUUUCUUAUCUAAAUUAUCUAAAUUGAAAAGAAAUAGUCCUAGUUAUCAUGCGGAUAAUUCUUCUAAUAUAAAUAAAAAAAAUGAAAUUGAAGAAGAACCAUCUUCAUUAUUACCAACAAAUUACAUACGUGACGAAGAUCCAGCUGUACGUCGACUUAAAGAGAUUCGUAAUAAAGAAAGAUUAAAGAAUAAAUCUAAUGAGAAACCAAAGGAUAAAAUCAUAAAACGUCGUAGUACAACUAGACGUAAAAAAAUUAAUGAUACAGAGCAAGAUAUAGGCACAGUAUACAAACGUCGACUUGGUAGUAAUUCAAAUAAAUCAUCACAAACAAAUAUAAUGAAAAGACGAGAGCCUAUUAAAAAGAUGAGUUUUGAGGAAUUAAUGAAACAAGCCGAUUCACAAGACAUUAUUAAAACAAAUGCAAUUCGGAAUAAUACUAAAACCACACAUUUAAAUAAACCAGGAUUUAAGAAACGGAAUCCAAUACGAGGGAAAAAUAAUGACAUAAUGAAACAAAAUCAAGUACCCCCUCCUCCUUCUUCUUCUUCUUCUUCGAAGAAUAUAAAUGAACCAAAGGUAAUACAUUUAAAUACACGCAUAGGUACAAGUAUUGCCCGACCUCAUGCAAGAUUUCAAGCCAAACUUAAUAAACACAAACAAUAUGCUGCAGCAGAAGAUGAAUAUGAUGAAGAUUUAGAUGAUUUUAUAGAAGAAGAUGAAGAAGAAGAAGAGGAACGUAUUAGAGAUAAUCGUGGAUAUGACCGUGAUGAAAUAUGGGCAAUGUUCAAUAGACCAGGUCAACGUAAUCAUUAUCGUCCUCAAGAAGAUGAAUGGGAUUCUGAUGAUAUGGAGACUAAUGAAAUAGAUAUAAUGGCAGAAGAAGAGGAAGCUACUAGAGCAGCUAGAUUAGAAGAUAAAAGAGAACAAAAUUGGUUGCGUAAACACGAUGAAGCUAAAGCUAAAGCCAGAAAUCGUUCUAAAAGGUAA